AAUGGGUUUGUAUUUAGCAAAACCUGAGACAACAAAAUUAACCCAAUCUGGAAAAGUAUUGGAUUUUGCAUAUACGUCUACAUCUUUACAGGGUUGGCAAAUACAGUAGGAUGAAUUUGUAAUAAUAAAGGAGAAGUUUGAUUAAGAGAAUUGUUUAUUUUGUAUAGUGGAACAAUAUGGUGGGAUAGAAUAUGGCAAAUAUAUUCAGGAUCACAUAGUGGAAGCACUUGUUAAUGAUUAAGAAUAUAAAUAGAAAAAUUAUGACAAAGCUAUUGUAGGUCUAUAUGAAAGAUUGGAUAAUUAACUAAAAAAUUAAUUUAAGGAGAGUACUAGUUAUUAAGGUGUCACAUUAUUAUUAACUUUGAUUACAAAUGAAAACAUUUAUGUAGCAAAUGCAGGAGUAUUUCAUUGUUUUUGAUAAAAUAGUUAUCCAGAUGUAUCAUUCGAUAUGAAGGUAAACAUAAAGUAAUGACUGUUGAACAUUAUCCAAUGAAUGAUCAUGAAAAACAAAGGAUACUUGCAGCUGGAGGAGAAGUUUGGGAAAAUAGAGUGAAUGCUCAUCUCCCAUAUAGUAGAGGUUUAGGAAAUUUUGAAUAUAAAUCCAAUUCUAAUUUAGAUUAGAGUAAAUAAUUGCUUAUUUCUGUUCCAAGCAUAAAAUAUGUUGAUAAAGAGGAGACAGAAUUAAUUUUAAUGGGAAGUCAUGGUUUUAUAUUAUUAAUGAUAAAUUAUAGGUUUUUGGGAAACUUGGACUAAUAAUGCUAUUUCAGAAGUUAUUCUAGAGAGGAUACAAUAAGGGAAGCCUUUAUCAGAUAUCUUAGAAACUAUAUGCGAUUCAAUUGUGGCAAAGAAUGUUGAGUCUGAAUAUGGAAAAGAUAACAUCUCUAGCAUCUUAAUUUAUUUUUAAAGAGAAUAAAAGCAAGUUAUUUGA